GACGGCGGCCCCGUGCGUUCGGUCCACCGUUGAACGUACCGCGUGUCGUCUCGCGGAUUAUCGUCGCUGUGGCCCUCGCGUCAAGCCCGCGGCGCCAACGAUACCCUUUUCGCGCCGCGUGCCGACUUUCGUCGAAAGAGCGAGAGAGAGACAGCGCGAGAAGUCGAGAGAGGGAGCGAGGAGUGUGGCGCGACGAGCUCCUCCAUGUAACCCGCCGCAACCACGUGCUUGAAUAAUUCCGUCGACCGGAUCGGCACCGCGCAGCGCGUGAUAAGGCGUCGAGAAUAUUCCAUCGUCGCGUCCGAAUGGAGGCAUGCCGGAAUGAUGACGGAGUUCGUGGACGGCUGGUUCCUGGGGCACACCCUGGGCGAGGGUGCCUACGGCGAGGUUAAACUAGUUGUGAAUAAAUCUACAGGCGAAGCCGUUGCUAUGAAAAUGGUUGACAUAGAGAAACAUCCGGACGCGAGGCAGACGGUCCGCAAGGAAACCACUAUUCAUUGCAUACUGUGGAAUCCUAAUAUUGUACAAUAUUUCGGGCAACGCAGCGACCCAACAUGGAAUAUAUAUUUCUGGAAUACGCCUCGGGCGGAGAGCUGUUUGAAGAAUCGAACAAAGAGGUCGAUAUACAAAUGAAGUAAAGAAAGCCAGUUUGAGUAUUCAAAUGGAGAUGUACAGCUGUUCCGGAAAGGAUUUUCAUCUCCAACAAAACUGAAAGACUCCUAAAUGACAAUCUCAAUACAUAAUUCGUUAGUAUUGCUAAUGAUACAGUUUUUGAGUGUAACAUAUUAAGUGAGGAAUUGAGACAGACUUUUUUCUUUUCCGUCGGCUGAUAGACGAAUCGUACGAGAAAUUAAAAUAAAAUAUAAUUGAUUGAAUUGCCCAUAUUUAAGAAUCUCUGAAUGAAAAUUGUACAUAAUGUAUAUUUGAAUUGUAAAUAAUAACACCACAAUUGUAAAUGUUAUAAUUGUAGAUAAUAUGUUCCCAUGGUCUCUACCACUCAUUGUACAUACAUUUUAUAAUUUAUUUAUUCGAUAAUCCAUCGAUUAUUUAUACUCGACGAUUAAGAGCCAUGGAUAAUAAUUGUAAAUACUCAGAGGACGAUUUCAUUCUUAAAAAAUUCACUUUCACCGACUUAUAUGAUAGUAUAAAAGACAUAGAAAAACCAUGUAACUGGGCAGACAUUAGAUUUGAUAAGUGCGUUUCGUUCGUGGAAAUGUUAGAUAAUUAUCAGGAAGGUGUAAAAAUUGUCAUAUUGAACAGUUUAGAAAUUAAUGUAUUCUAUAAUAAUAAGUUCAUACCCUGGAUAACAUUUGAUAGAAUUAAAGCGCUCGAAGAUAUAUCAGGGAUAAUACAUUUGUUAGACGGACUAAAAUUGUAAAAAAAAUUAUAAGGGGAUUUAAAUAAACAUCCGUAACUAAA